AUCCCAUAUAUAUAUAUUUUUAAUUUUUACGGUUUGACUUUUUAUAUGUAACACUUCAAUUUUGAUGUAAAAUAUGAGGUGACAAUCUAAUUUUCUUGCACUAGCUAGCCAAUUUUUUUAACAUCACUGGGUGAAUGCUUCCUGUUUUUUCAGCAAUACCUGGUGAUGAUGAUGAUAUGGUAAAUAUAAUGAAGAUAGUUGAUACUUCUUUAGUGAUUACUUUAAGCCAGGCACUAUUCGAAGAGCUUUAUGGGUAUUAAUUUACUUAGUCUUUACAACAACCCUAGGAAGUCGGUGAAAUUAUUCUCUACAUUAUUAUUACUAGUAGUAGAGGAAAGUGAUUCUCAGGAAUGUUAAGUAACUUGCCCAAGGGCGCACAGCUAGUAAUCUUUUACUUUGUAGAAUUACCUUUGAUGACAAAUAUAUUAAUAUUUCCUUUCCCAGGCAGACCCCAAAUGUGGCAGCUUUUAGUAGCAGUGUGCUGGAUGUUUCUACUUGGAUCCAUGUAUGGUUGUGAUAAGCAAGGAAGCCCCACAAAUCCUGAAGCUAAUAUGAAUAUUAGCCAGAUUAUUUCCUAUUGGGGCUAUCCUUAUGAAAAGUAUGAUGUCGUGACUAGAGACGGUUAUAUCCUUGGAAUUUACAGGAUCCCUCAUGGAAGAGGAUGCUCGAGUAGAACAGCUCCAAAGCCUGUUGUGUAUUUGCAACAUGGUUUAAUGGCAUCUGCCAGUAACUGGAUUUGCAACCUGCCCCAUAAUAGCUUGGCCUUCCUUCUGGCAGAUACUGGUUAUGAUGUGUGGAUGGGGAAUAGCCGGGGAAACACCUGGUCCAGGAAACACUUGAAAUUGUCACCCGAAUCACCAGAAUAUUGGGCAUUCAGUUUGGAUGAGAUGGCUAAAUAUGACCUGCCAGCCACAGUCAAUUUCAUCGUAGAGAAAACUGGACAGGAGCGACUCUUCUAUGUGGGCCACUCCCAAGGCACUACCAUAGCUUUCAUAGCAUUCUCUACAAACCCAGAACUGGCUAAGAGGAUCAAGAUAUUUUUUGCAUUGGCUCCAGUCGUCACAGUGAAAUACACCCAAUGUCCCAUGAAAAGUUUUGCAACUCUUUCCAGUCAAAUAGUCAAGGCUUUUUUUGGUGAUAAGAUGUUCUACCCUCAUACAUUUUUCCACCAAUUCAUUGCCACCAAGGUCUGCAACCAGAAGCUGUUCCGUAGUAUUUGCAGCAACUUCCUAUUUACUUUGAGUGGAUUUGAUCCGAAUAACUUAAACAUGAGUCGAUUGGAUGUUUAUUUGUCACACAGCCCCGCAGGAACAUCUGUUCAGAAUAUGCUGCACUGGGCCCAGGCUGUUAAUUCUGGUCAGUUCCAAGCUUUCGAUUGGGGAAACCCGAAGCAGAACAUGAUGCACUUUAAGCAGCUUACACCUCCCUUAUACAACGUUACUAAGAUGGAAGUUCCAACAGCUGUGUGGAAUGGUGGACAGGACCGUGUGGCUGAUCCCAAGGACGUUGAGAAUUUACUUCCUAAAAUUUCCAACCUUAUUUAUUACAAGUGGAUUCCACACUACAAUCACUUGGAUUUUUACCUUGGACAGGACGCACCCCAGGAAAUUUACCAAGACCUAAUUAGCUUGAUGGAACAAUGUUUGCAAAAUUAAAUACACAGUGUGACAGACAGACUCUAAGGUGACCCCAGUGGUUCUCACCUCCUGGUGUCCAAACAUUCAUGUAAUCCCACUCCCCUUGACUAUGCAUGGAACCUGUGACUUGCUUCUGACCAACAGAAUUGGCAAAAGUGGUAUAAUGUCACUUCCUUGUAUAAGUUAUCUUAUAUAGCAAAGGUGAUGGAAUGUUACACCCCAACUACAUUACGUUAUGUAGGAAUCUAUCUUGGCAGACUAUAACAAGAGAUUCUCU